AUGGGGAACUUCAAUAAGCUUCCAGUGAAUUUAAUCUCCAACAUCUUAACACGUUUACCAACAGAAUCAGUACUAGACUGCAAGUUAGUCUCCAAAUCAUGGAAUAAUGUGAUCAGUCGUCAACAAUUUUCUCAGUCUCACUUGAAUCACUGCCUUAACAAUCUUCGUUCUGCUGGGGCUUCUGGUGGUAAGUCUACUUUCCUUUUUCUGAAUGAAAACCCACUUGAUGCAUACAGACAGUUUCAUUACUUUGAAUAUGCUGAGAAUUCUUCUUCAGAGGAACAACCCUUUCAUAAAAUUACAAGAAUGAAACUAAACCCUGCUCCAUUUAAGUAUUACAGUGUUGUUGGUUCCUGUAAUGGCUUAGUUUGUCUUAAUGGGUGCCAUGAUAAUGAGGGGAAGAAUUAUGAACCUGUUUAUAUCUGUAAUCCCAUCACAAGAGAAUGUGUGUUUCUACCAGAAUUUGAGAGAACACAUGAUCGUGGUGAACGAUUGUUGACUGGAUUCGGUUAUGAUUCUGAGACUAAUGAGUACAAGGUGGUUAGAUUGUAUAAAUUGUUGAAAGAACCCAAUUUCUUACAUGCCGAGGUAUACACGCUUGGAAGUGGUAAGGGAUGGAGAAAAAUAAUACAGAAAUUUGAAGCAGACCUGGAUUCGUUUAUUUCUAUACAUGGCAUGCUUAUGAGUGAACUUGAAUUUCUUUGUUGGCAGCUUAAAACUGGCAAACUUUUGGCUUUUGUAUUGUCUUCUGAAGUAAUUGCUGAAAUACCUACAAAUUCUUCCACUACUUGGGGUUAUAAACUCGGGGUUUUUGGCAGUUGUUUGUCGGGUACUUACUAUGAUGAAGAUUCUGAUACUUAUGAGAUAGUGGUGCUGAAGAGGUUGAGGGAAAAUGGGGUAGUCUUCAAAUGGAUUGAAGAGUUUAGUCUAAGCGACACAGAUGCUCAUGAAUGGCUUGGUCUCACGUGUAGGCGUGCACUUCUAUGUUACUCAGAGACAAAGGUCCUAAUUCAAGACCUAAAUUCUGUAUCUUCGGAACUGCUUGUGGAUUUUGGCAAGGAUAAAGAAAUAUUUCAAGCAGUCCCGCAUAUGAACACCUUGGUUUCACUAAAAGCAUUAGGAGAAGAAAAUACAAACACAAUGGAAACAGCUGACAUACCCAGAGAGGUACUUGAAGAAUACAAGUCCCAAUUCGAAAAACAGCAAAUGGUAAUGGGACUGCUUGAAAUGUGUGUGCAGCAGUAG